AACCAUGGUGGAUGUCAUGGAGUUGCCCAGGUCGCGCGUCAACGCCAGCAUGCUAGCUCAGUUCAUCGACCGGCCGGUCUGCUUCGUAGGGAGGCUGGAAAAGAUUCAUCCUACUGGAAAAAUGUUUAUUCUUUCAGAUGGAGAAGGCAAAAAUGGAACAAUUGAGUUGAUGGAGCCCCUUGAAGAAGAAAUCUCUGGAAUCGUGGAAGUAGUUGGGAGAGUAACGGCCAAGGCAACCAUUAUGUGUGCAUCAUUUGUCCAUUUUAAAGAAGAUAACCAUCCUUUUGAUCUUGGACUAUACAAUGAAGCUGUGAGAAUUACCCAUGAGUUCCCUCCGUUUUUUCCUUUGGGGGUUGUGCAAUAUGAUUGAUCUCGAUG